ACUGAAGAUCAAUUUGAUGUUUUUAGAACUUUUUUGAUCUGAGUCAAAGUUAUAUUUGACUAAUAGAAAUUUCAAUUUGCAAGUAAUAUCUGUGUUAAAAUACUGAAGAUCACUGUGGCAUCGCUUUUCUUACUUCACCGCUUCGCCACUACACUUUUCUCACCAACAACCAUUUUCAGAAUCUACAAUGGGGGAGCACGUGGUUUUAUCUGUUGUUGACCCUCUUCUCAUAGCACCUGCAAAUGCUCAAGGAACACUCAUUGAGGGUGCUACUCAUGGUAAUGAUGUUGGGGAAUGUGAUACACUGAAAGAAGAUGAAGAAGAAGAAGACCUUAUCCAAAUGGUGGAGUGUCGCAUUUGCCAGGAGGAGGAUACCCUUCAAAAUUUGGACACACCCUGUGCUUGCAGUGGAUCUUUAAAGUUUGCUCAUACGAAGUGUGUUCAACUAUGGUGCUACGAGAAGGGUGAUACAAUUUGUGAGAUCUGCCAUCAGCCAUUCAAACCUGGUUAUACUGCAACAUCACCUGUCUAUCAUCCUGGAGAUACUUCAAUUGAUAUCAGUGAUGACUGGGCAACCUCUAGUAAUCCUUUAAAUUUGCACGAUUCUCGACUUUUGGCUUUUGCAGCUGUGGAGCACCAAGUUUGGGAGACUGAGCAUGAAGAUUAUGUUUAUACUAGCACCAGUGGAACUACAUUGUGGCACUCUGUUGGUCUAAUUUUAAUGGCUCUUUUACUUCUAAGGCAUGCUGCUCCCCUCUUCAAUGCUGAUAUGGAGAAAGUUUUAACAUAUAUUUAUUUUUUCUUUUUUCAUGCGGCUGCUGUUAUCCUUCCUUGCUACCUUAUGGCCCGGAUAAUUCGCAUAAUACAGGAUCAAAGUCAAAGACAGCUGAAGAACUUGCAUUUAUGCUACAAGCAGAGGAACAGCAAGUAUAGCAGUUUGCAAUAUCACCAGGAUCUGCUUUUCACUGAUUAAUUUCCAAAAGUAUUGUGCAAUGCCAUUCCUAAUGCAAAGAACUUAGAAAUUGUAUUUGGGUGAUCACUGAUCAGUGGUGCAGCAGAAUAAGAUCUGAUAGCUCUGCUUCUGGUUCUCAGUUUGUAUCUUUCUCUGGUUAUAUUUAUACCCUCCCUCUCUCUCUCUCUCUCUCUCCCCUGAUAAUAGCUAUAUCACAUACAUUGUCUCAUCAGCCCAAAUACUAUGCAGCUGAUAUUUGGGAAAUUGAUGUUAACCGAAAGUGUACCUCACCUAUGAAAAUAUUUGUAUACAAAUUUAACAUUUUAUAUGA